AUGGCAGACAGCGUGUGUAACGACGUCGUGGUGAACGUUUAUGCAUCCAAGAAGUUCAUCCUUAAGGGCCACUGUGGGAAGGGCCGCUGUGGGAAGGGCCGCUGUGGGAAGGGCCACUGUGGGAAGGGCCGCUGUGGGAAGGGCCGCUGUGGGAAGGGCCGCUGUGGGAAGGGCCACUGUGGGAAGGGCCACUGUGGGAAGGGCCGCUGUGGGAAGGGCCGCUGUGGGAAGGGCCGCUGUGGGAAGGGCCACUGUGGGAAGGGCCGCUGUGGGAAGGGCCACUGUCAAGCAAUAGUCAAGUCUAGAAAGGACAAGAGAUCCUACGGAUUGAGCUAA